AUGGCUCUGCUAUGGAAGGCUCAUGAGUUUUUCUGCAGAGAAACAGUCUGUUACCAUAUUAAAAACAAGGAAGGAGUGGAGUACUCUCUAAAAGAUUGUUGGGUGGAGGAGUUGAAGAAAAUGCACGAAUCAACUGUCCUGAGAUGGGGCAGCCUGAUCGAACUGCACAUAUUUGCAAGAAAUAUUUCUAGAACAGAGCUGAUUGUGGCUUUUCGUCACUUCAUAAUUGGUACUGGCUACUUCAUUAACUUUGACUACACCACAAUUUUAGCAGUAAAAAGGACCAGCACCUAUUUGCCUGGUAUUGCAAAUGCCUAUGAAGCCUUGGGCAAGGCUGAUCUCAAAGGGGCUUUGGGCACCUGCUAUUUCACAAAAUACUGGCAAGCUUUAGUUUACCUCACAAAAAAACCCAAUGAGGAGGAGAGAGUGGAGACCACUCAUGAGAAGGUUUUCGAGGUUUUGUCUGCAUUUAUCAACACAUAUGCUGAAGUUGCACCCACAAAUCCCUCAGAAGACGCCUGUUGGUGUAGACUACCAAUCUGUAUGAGUGGGAUUGCUACUGAAGGAAGUCUUCGCAAUAAAUGCGAAGGAAUCAACCCUACGGGCUUAGGAUCUGUGCGAAUGCGCGAUGGUGGACAGGAGAAUCUGGUGUCAGAAGAGUAUGUCCAGACAGAACGGACCUGA